CGUGUUCCACCUCUAAGUUGAUGGUUGAAAACAAAGCAAUUUUCUCGUUUUUUUGGCCAGUAUUUAAUUUAAUUUCGCUGGCAAGAGUCGCGUCUUAAUUGCUAAAUAGCUAUAUUUAUCACCCCCUCCCCCGAUUGCUUGUUGCGCCUGUGCGGAUUCUUUCUUUUGCAUGUCGACUGGGCGGGCAAAGGAAAGCUAGCACAGAGAACAACAACGCAGGUGAUUCGACCUCGCGACGAAGGAGGAGCGCAUCGAGAUGCAGAGCUACGGCCCCGGAGCACCCGCUGCUCCGGCCGUGAAACGCCGUACGGAUAGCUAUGAGGCUGCCCAACAAUCGCCACCGGAGAGCGACGAGGAGUAUGUGAACCCCAGGAUCCUGCGCCGCCAGGUGCUGCUCCAGUCCACUCCAGUGGCCCCUGUGGUGCCCAUGCCCAUAACUAUUCCCACAGCCAAUACCAUGUCCAGUGGCAGUGCUCCCCAGUCCGUGGAGGGGCGCGAGGAGCAGCCCGAGUUCCCCGGAUCCUCGGCCGCAUCCUAUCAGGAGGAGCGAAUGCGUAGGAAACUGCAGUUUUACUUCAUGAAUCCCAUCGAGAAGUGGCAGGCCAAGCGAAAGUUUCCCUACAAGUUCGUUGUGCAGAUUGUAAAGAUCUUUCUGGUGACGAUGCAACUGUGCCUUUUUGCCCACUCGCGGUAUAACCACAUCAACUAUACAGGUGAUAACCGAUUUGCCUUCUCGCACCUCUUCCUGCGAGGCUGGGAUUCCUCACGGGAAGUGGAGAGCUAUCCGCCAGCGGUGGGUCCUUUUGCCCUGUACCUAAAAUCGGAGUUCUUCGACACUGUCCAGUAUGCCGUUGAUGGAUAUGCCAAUGUGAGCCGCUCGAUUGGACCUUAUGACUACCCCACACACAACAACACGAUGCCGCCGCUAAAGCUGUGCCUGCAGAACUACCGGGAGGGCACCAUAUUCGGCUUUAACGAGUCGUACAUUUUCGAUCCACACGUCGACGAGCUGUGCGAGUGGCUGCCACCGAACGUGACCACCAUUGGGGUGGAGAAAUAUCUGCAGGAGCGCGAUGUGGAGGUCAAUUUUGCUUCGCUCGUCUCCGCACAGUUGACAUUUAAGAUUAAGACGGUGAAUUUUAAGUCCAACGGUGGCCCCUUGUCUGCUCCCGAUUGUUUCCGAUUCGACAUUUCCAUAAUGUUCAACAAUCGAGACCACGACGGGCAGAUGCUGCUCUCACUGGAUGCGGAGGCGACGCGACUAAAGUGCCAUGGAGCCACUGACUUCAUAUCGGAGGCUAAUUUCGAUUCCAUGCUGCGAAGCGUACUCAAUAUAUUCGUCCUACUAACCUGCGCAUUAUCGUUUGCCCUCUGCACGAGGGCAUUGUGGAGGGCUUACCUGCUGAGAUGUACUACAGUCAACUUUUUCCGGUCGCAUUUUGGCAAAGAGCUGAGCUUCGAUGGGCGGCUGGAGUUUGUUAACUUUUGGUACAUCAUGAUCAUUUUCAAUGACGUCCUUUUGAUUAUUGGAUCAGCUCUGAAAGAGCAAAUCGAGGGAAGGUACUUGGUGGUGGACCAAUGGGAUACCUGCUCGCUGUUUUUGGGUAUUGGCAACUUGCUCGUUUGGUUCGGAGUGCUGAGAUAUCUCGGCUUCUUUAAGACCUACAACGUUGUAAUACUAACGCUGAAGAAAGCGGCACCAAAGAUUCUACGCUUCCUUAUCGCCGCCUUGUUAAUCUAUGCGGGAUUCGUCUUCUGCGGCUGGCUGAUUCUUGGGCCCUACCACAUGAAGUUCCGUUCGCUGGCCACCACUUCAGAGUGUUUGUUUGCGCUGAUCAACGGCGAUGAUAUGUUCGCGACCUUUGCCACGCUUUCGAGCAAGGCGACAUGGCUGUGGUGGUUCUGCCAGAUCUACUUGUACUCGUUCAUUUCUCUGUACAUUUAUGUGGUCCUGUCGCUGUUCAUUGCCGUCAUCAUGGAUGCCUACGAUACGAUUAAGGCGUAUUACAAGGAUGGCUUCCCCACCACCGAUCUCAAGGCUUUUGUCGGCACCCGGACUGCCGAGGACAUUAGUUCCGGUGUCUUCAUGACCGAUCUGGAUGACUUCGAACAGACGAGAUUCGUGGAUGUGGUGAAGAGCAUUUGCUGCUGCGGAAGAUGUCAACGUGACCAAGAUCCCGUGCAGCCCAAUAGCGGCUACACCAGCCUUUCGAGUAUUAUGAAGUAAAUGGGUGCGCCAUACCUAGUCGCAGGGCUUUAUUCUGUGUUGUUUUGUCAGCUUUAUGUGUGUAGUUGUACUUGUUGUUAGCUUUUUGUAUUAGUUUGUUAGUUUGCCAAAGCACUUGAACCGAGAUAAGAGAAACCAUAACGUACGUACCUUUGAGAAAUUCCAAAAGCAGCUGCUCUGAUCACAAACAUUGGGCAUGUUUCAAUUUUCACUUUCGCAGGUUUGCUUUCAACUUGAUUUGCUGCUAUAUAAAUCUUGACAAAAAGACAGUUUUUUUCUACCCAUAUAAAUCAAAAAUAUUCCACACCAAAAAAACAAUUAAUAUUAAAAACUAUAUAUAUAUAAUUUAUGUGAAAGUGAAAACCGAAAAUGCGAAUGUGAAAAUUCACCAUCAAUCAAUGCUGUGCUUUGCGAAACCACAAAGCCGCAAAAUUGCUAUUGUAACGCAAGAUAUUAAGUGUGUGAUAUAAGGCGGAACCAGAAUCGGAGAACAAUAGAAAUUGUAAUAAAGGGAACUAUUUUUGCCAGGGAUAUCGACAUGGGUUUGAUCAAGAUCUUCCAUGGGAACAAAUGCAUCCGAAACGAGUUUACGUACAAAUCUGAAAGUCACAGCAAAUAAUUCUAGAAAUUUACACUGGUCGACAAAAUCACUUUGCAGGUUAAGAAAAAAUGAUUUCCGAAUAGGUUUUUUUUGUCGAUCUAUGUUAUUUAAACAGAAUCCUUAGUUAAGAAAACAUUAGGUAAUGUUAUUUUAUGUGUACAAGGAAAUCUUUGUAUUUAUAACCAAAAAUUACGAAACCAAUAAACUGUUUACAGAACUCAAA